UUAAAUGACAAACUUUAUAAAAACAAUUUAAUUAAAGACUUGAGUAUUUUUGCGCAAAACGACGUUAAAAGUACCGUGUUAAAACUAAUGCAAGAAAUUAUGAGCAACGCAUUAGUAUCUAAUUAUAGUUUUUAUGGAGCCCACAAAAAACAAGCUUUUGAAAAAUUAAAACUUUAUGAUGUUAUAUCAAGUGUUGUCCGCUGUCGCUUUACAAAUUCUCUCGUCACCAACAAGGAUAUAAGUGAUCCUAUCAAGUCAUGGCUACGUCAUGCCCCUGCACGCUUGUCACGAAAACAAAAAAAGGCGAUAACAAAUGUUAUGCACGAUUCAAUGAUAGUCAAUGACGAAAUCAAUGAAUUGUCACAGGUUGACAAUACUGUGGCUAAGAAAAGUAAUGUGAUUGAUGAGGAACAUGAGAACAUAUCAAAUAACGAUGAUGCAGAGAUUUGAUGAACAUUUGAUAAAUAUUAACAACUUUUACGCAAUUGUUUUAUGGGUUUAAUAUAUAAAAU